CUCGCGCAGGGGUUGGCGCCGGCGCCGUCGCGUCCCGGCUCCGAGCGCGCCCCGCGCUGCGUCCGCGGCCCAUGGGAGAGCGGCCGGGCGCGCCGGCGUCCCGCGGAAACCAUGUCCUUGUACGACGAUCUGGGCGUGGAGACGAGCGACUCCAAGACCGAGGGCUGGUCCAAGAACUUCAAGCUCCUGCAGUCGCAGCUGCAGGUGAAGAAGGCGGCGCUGACGCAGGCCAAGAGCCAGAGGACAAAGCAGAGCACUGUCCUCGCCCCCGUCAUCGACCUCAAGCGAGGCGGCUCCUCGGAUGAGCGGCAGAUCGUGGACACCCCGCCACACGUGGCUGCCGGCCUCAAGGAUCCGGUUCCCAGUGGCUUCUCCGCGGGGGAAGUUCUGAUUCCUCUGGCUGACGAGUAUGACCCCAUGUUUCCCAACGACUACGAGAAAGUGGUGAAGCGCCAGAGGGAAGAGCGGCAGCGGCAGCGGGAGCUGGAGCGACAGAAGGAGAUAGAGGAGAGGGAGAAACGGCGCAAAGACAGACAUGAAUCCAGUGGCUUCUCCCGGAGACCAGACCCGGAUUCUGAUGAAGAUGAGGACUAUGAGCGAGAGAGGAGGAAAAGAAGCCUGGGAGGAGCUGCCAUCGCGCCCCCCACAUCGUUGGUGGAGAAGGACAAAGAGCUGCCCCGAGACUUCCCCUACGAGGAGGAGUCGCGGCCGCGCUCACAGUCGUCCAAAGCCGCCAUCCCUCCGCCCGUGUAUGAGGAGCAGGACAGGCCCAGGUCCCCUCCUGGGCCUGGGAACUCCUUCCUUGCCAACAUGGGUGGCACGGUUGCACAUAAAAUCAUGCAGAAGUAUGGCUUCCGGGAGGGCCAGGGGCUCGGCAAGCAUGAGCAGGGCCUGAGCACGGCGCUGUCGGUGGAGAAGACGAGUAAGCGAGGAGGCAAGAUCAUUGUGGGGGACGCCACAGAGAAAGGAGGCUCGCCACCUCGGCCGGGCUUCCCAGAUGCUUCCAAGAAGUCAGACUCAAACCCACUGACAGAAAUCCUUAAGUGCCCUACCAAAGUGGUCCUGCUCAGGAACAUGGUUGGUGCAGGAGAGGUAGAUGAAGACUUGGAAGUUGAAACCAAGGAAGAAUGUGAAAAAUAUGGCAAAGUUGGGAAAUGUGUGAUAUUUGAAAUCCCCGGCGCCCCUGACGAUGAAGCAGUCCGGAUAUUCUUGGAGUUCGAGCGGGUGGAGUCGGCCAUCAAAGCUGUGGUCGACCUGAAUGGGAGGUACUUCGGCGGACGGGUGGUCAAAGCAUGCUUCUACAAUUUGGAUAAAUUCAGGGUCCUGGAUUUGGCAGAGCAAGUGUGAUUGUAGGAUCAGGCACAAGGCAUCCCUGCCGACCCCAAACUGAGCCUCGGAGCGCAUGGAGGAGAGAGGCACGAGCUGCCCGCCGGGCUGCCGGGCAGACGCGAAAGACUUCUAGGAUAUAUGUUGAUUGAUCCCUUUUUUAUUUUAUGGUUUUUUAAUAUAGUAUAAAAAUCCUUUGAAAAAACCUCUGUGUGCCUCUGGUUCUCUCCUUCACUGCUCCUGAGCUGGUCAUGUGCUUUGCUUGGACUCUGGUAUUCUGAAGUGCUUUGAUGAACCAGCGUUUCUUGCACCCGAAUCUCAGACAGCUCUGCCACCUGGAUUGUGUUCGUUUAUCCUUUGCUCUUGUUUUGGCUCCUUUUAUACCUCUUGGGUGUUGGAUGGCAGCUUCACAAACCACGUAAUAAAGUAUCAUUUUGGC